AUGGCGGACUCCGAAUUGCCCACUCGCCCCAAGCCCGAGGAGACCGGCGCGGCUGCCGCUCCCGCCGCGGAAGGUGACUCUAAGAACGCCAGCAAGAACGCGGCGAAGAAGGCCGCAAAGGAGAAGGCUAAGGCUGAGAAGGCCGCUGCCCGCGCUGCACAGGAGAAGGCCCAGGCUGCUGCUCAAGAAGCCAAUGAUACCGCCAAGCACCUUUACGGCAAGCUCCCCGAAUCUGACGACGCCAACCCCACCACGCGAUUCACCGACUUCACCGACGAAGAGAAGGAGGUUACUGUUGUCGCCCGUGUGGACAAUGCGCGUGUGCAAAGUGCCAAGCUUGCUUUCCUGAUGCUGCGCCAGCAGGGUCAGAAGAUUCAGGCUGUUAUUGCGGCGGCCGAGCCCAUCUCCCGACAGAUGAUCAAGUUCACCGGUGGACUGAACGUCAACUCCAUUGUUAAGGUUACCGGUCUGAUCAAGAAGCCUGAAAUCCCUAUUUCCUCCGCCACCAUCCAGCACCUUGAGAUCCACAUCCGCAAGGUUUACAUGAUCUCCGAGGCCGCGCAAAUGCUGCCCAUGCAAGUUAAGGAUGCCGAGCGCCCACCCCCCGUUGACGCUGAUGGUGCCCCCAUUGUUACACUCAAGACCCGUCUGGACAACCGUGUUCUGGACCUUCAAACUGAGACCAGCCAGGCCAUCACCUGGAUUUCCAGUGGUGUUGCCCAGCUGUUCUCUGAGUACAUGAUUAAGAGCGGUUCCCGGUGGAUCUUCACUCCCAAGCUGGUCGGUGCGGCCACUGAGGGUGGCAGCAACGUGUUCGAGGUCAAGUACUUCAAGCGCACUGGUUACCUCGCUCAGAGCCCUCAGCUGUACAAGCAGAUGUGUAUCGCCGGUGAUAUGGAGAACGUGUUCGAGAUCGCUCCCGUUUUCCGUGCGGAGGACAGCAACACCCACCGUCACUUGACUGAGUUCGCUGGUCUUGAUUUCGAGAAGACAUUUGACAAGCACUACCACGAGGUUCUUGAGUUCGCUGAGGAUCUCCUGGUCUUCAUUCUCUCCCAACUCAAGGAGCGCUACGCCGCCCAGAUUGCUACCAUUCAAAAGUCCUACCCUAAGGCCGGUGAUUUCAAGCUGCCCAAGAACGGCAAGGCUCUGCGUCUGAACUACAUGGAUGGUGUUGCUCUGUUGAAGGAGGCUGGCGUCGACAUGUCGGAGCAGGAGCGCUUCGAGAACGACUUCAGCACCGCAAUGGAGAAGCAGCUCGGACAGAUCAUUCGCGACAAGUACGAUACCGACUUCUACGUUCUGGACAAGUUCCCCAUGGCUGUCCGUCCCUUCUACACCAAGGCCGACCCCAGCGAUGCCCGCUUCUCCAACUCGUACGAUUUUUUCAUGCGUGGUGAGGAGAUCAUGUCUGGUGCCCAGCGCAUCAACGACAUCGCCGAGCUCGAGGAGUCGAUGCGCUCCAAGGGUCUGGACCCUACCCAGGAGGGUUUCGAGGACUAUCUCAAUGCUUUCCGCCAGGGCUGCCCACCUCACGCCGGUGGUGGUCUGGGUAUGAACCGUAUUGUCAUGUUCUUCCUCGGCCUGCCCAACGUGCGUCUGGCGUCGCUGUUCCCCCGUGACCCUCAGCGUCUGCGCCCUUAG